AUGAGGAAGCGCAACCUUUCGGACUUGGUUGAGCUUUUUGUGGUGCUCAAUAUUGUUUUUCUUGUGACUUUGCCACCCCUUGUGGCAUCUACUGUGCUGGGCAACGCGAGCUCUUCAAAAGAUUUUUUCGUGUUAUUGUCCCAGCCUGGCAUACAGAGAAUCAUACUGAACAAUGACAUUUCUUUGGACCUGGAGGAUGCACCGACUCUGCCAGUCAAUUUGACGGCGAAUUUAACUAUCGUAGCAGGCCUCCCUUGGCCUCAGGUCGCGAGCCUCGCAGCCAAUUACAUUGCAAGCAAGAUCAGGCUUGCACCCUUCGUUACGUUGACCUUUGAGCGCAUUAUUCUUUCGGGGACUUUGAGAGGGACGGGUCAAUACCUUGACUUGUUGACACGGUCAGAUGGCGGCGCAGUGCUAUACAACCUCAGCAUCAACCACCGGCACGCAUGUCUGCCGUUCGACUUGUUCUACGAGCAGCUCAACUCGCUGCCGCAACCCCAGCCCGAUGCCGGCAUGCCCAUCAACUAUACUGUAUCAAACGAUCGUGGGCUAAUUCUGCGUAACAGCACACUGUGCUGGCUGAACGCCGGAAUGCGCAACACGUGCAUGGCGCCGUACCUGGAUGUGUACGCAUACGGCGCGUACAAUCAGAAAAUUGACGGUGUCAUCGGUAAUGGCGGGUACAACUCGUUCUUCGUACACUCGUACGGCGUGUGCGACAGGGAGAUCAGCCGGGAGUGUAUAAAGCAGACGAACGCGGAUCUUUGCCUGGCGGCGGCGCUGGCACUGGGAAACCAGGUCGGGUCUUCGGAUGGCGCAGACGACGAGGAGGCCGCCUCCACUAUGCGGCUGGCGAUUGGGCUAGGCGUAGGACUGGGAGGUGCAUUGCUGGUCCUCAUGGCGCUCUUUGCCUGGGCGCAUUGGCGACACCGGCGGGAGGCGUCCCUGGCAGCAUUCGCCACACCGUCCGCCCGUUCCAAAGCUGCACUCAGCACCGCAACCCAGGGGACGCUGCCGGCCGACUUGGCGGGCCUGGAGGAAGGCAGCGGCGAAGGGAUCCGCUCCUCUGCGCGGAAGCCCAAUGGCGGCGCCGGCGUCACGGUGGCAGGGGUUGGCGGGAGCGGAGCCGCGGCCAGUGCAGCGGAGGCGCACCUGGUGGCAGGGGAUGGGGAUGCUGGCGGCGGGGGCAAGGGCCGCCUGACAGCGGGGGCGACGGUGGGCAGUACGGGCGCCACGGGCAGCAGCAGCAACGGCAGCAGCAGGAGCAGCAGCGGCGUGACGAUUGAGGCGUCCUCGGUGACGAAUGGCGGUCAGCGGACAGCUGGUAGUGAGUGCGCGGGUAGUGCAGGCUUGGGUGAGGUUGAGGCUGCCCGACUGAACCUGCUGGCCAAUGCGGCCAGGGGGCGGGCGGGCAGGGGUCGUUUGGCAAGGUGUACAAGGGCAGGUAUCUGGCACGGCACCCUGGUGGCCCUGAAGGCGCAGGUGCUGCCGCCCUCGCUCAGUGGGGACGCCCGGCGGCGGCACAUGGCCGUCAUGGAGGCCGCCAUAUCCUCCGCCAUCAACCACCCAGCAAUAGUGCAGACCUACUGCUACAGCUUCCGACCCAUCAAGGAUACCGUCGGGCAAACCAUCAUUAAGCACCGCACCAAGUCGUUUCCCAUCCGCGAGGAGGAGCCCGAAAAAGAGGACGAGGGGCAGUACGCCGCUGGCGACGGGACCGGCGGCGAGGAGGGUUGUGAAGAGGGCGGCGAGGACUAUGGCCACGAGCUGCUGCUGGUGCUGGAGUAUUGCGAUGGCGGCUCCCUCCGGGCGGCUCUGGACAAGGGGUUGUUCCACCAGGGGCGGCCGUGGCCCUGGGACUGGCGGAAAGCCAUCCAGGCGGCGGGUCAGGCCGCGACGGCAGGGGCCCAGGGCGGCAAGCUGCCGCAGUUGGAGCGCAACCAAAUGAACCAGCCAGCGGCGGCGGCGGCUUCGGCGACCUCGACACCGGCCCAAGGGGACACGACGGCGAUUGCCAACCUGGUUGCCGCCAUGACGCGAGGCAGCAACUCCUUGCCGCCGGCGAACACCCUCGACGGCCAACACAGGCGCAGCGGCCAGGGUGCGGCAGUGGAUAGCAGCGCUGCACAACCGCCGCAGCCGCAGCUUCCAGCGCCAUGUGUCGGCGGUGAUGACCGUGAGGUCGCUGAUGGCGCUGGAGGAGGUGGUGGUGGCAGCGGCGGCGACAACACGAGCUGUCAAGGCUCCGCGACCAGCCGAACGGUUAAAGCUUCGGACCUGGCGUCGAGUGCGUUUCCCAAGCUGGACACGUAUGAGCCGGACUUCACGCACGGCGCGUUUGAGGUGAUUCUACCGGCGACGGAUGAUGACGCUGCUGCUGGCGGUGACGGCGAUGAUGAUGGCGGCGGCAGUGGCGGUGCUGCUGUGCCGCCGCAAAGCGCGCCGCAGCCGUCCUCGCACCUGGGGGGGACAACGCUGAACGUUGUCAACACGCUGGCGGGCGCGCCGACGGCAGCCAUGUCGUUCGUGUCAUCGUUCAACAACGCCUCUGGCAUCGGCGCAAGCACCGCAGACAACGCCGCCGCCGCCGCGGCGGCGGACCGACUGGCGAUGAUGUACCUCCUGCAGCAAGCAGCGGCGACAGUAGCAGCUGGUGCUGACCCCGUUGUCGGCAGUUACGCGAAGAUGCUGACGGACUACAUUAGCAGCAGCAACAUAACCGGAAUGAACGCCAUAAUGGGGGAACUGGCGAGUUUUGGUGCAGUGUCAGCGCUGCAGGGCCCUGCCGCUGUCACCAGCGGUGGCGGCGGCGCCGCCGUCUCGCACUCCAGCGACGGCACGCUGGUGGCACCGCCGCCGCCGGUCCUGGCCAGCACCGUCGCUGCGCCAGCAGCUAUGCCCUCGCCAGCAGCAGCGCGAAGCGCCCUCGCCGGCGGCAGCAGCCCCCCCCGCAGCCACGCGAGCCUUCUGCGUAUGGCUAGCUCGAGUGCCGCGUCGUCGGAAGCGGGGCCGCAGCAGGCGCCGCAACCGGCAAUCCGCUACGUGUUGAUGCUGGCGGUGGCGGCAGAUGUGGCUAGCGGCUUGCUGCACUUGCACGCGCAUGGCGUCGUUCACGGUGACGUGAAGGCCAGCAAUGUGCUGUUGAAGCAGAUUGUGGUGUCCGACCCGCUGGAAGCCGCGGGGAGGGCACUGGACACCAUGAGCUAUGGAGCUGGCGGAGUGGCCGCCAGCACGGCGCCGCUGUCGGCAGGCCCAUCGGCAGUGGCGGCGGCGGCGGCGGCCGCGGCAGCAGCAGGCUUGGGCGCCGCUGGUGCUGGUGCUGGUGCUGGCACUUUUGGCGGGGCCUUCGAGCUGCAACGUGAUGGUAGUAUUGAGUCAUCGGGCCGAGGACCCCGGCUGGGGCUUUGCGCUAAGGUCUCCGACUUUGGCCUGAGUACCAUGUUGUCGGCGUCCAACACGGACACGCACAUCAGCGCCACAACGGCGGCCGGGUCGCUGUCCCAUAUGUCGCCAGAGCUGCUGCUGUGCGGCCACGUCAGCAAAGCCAAUGACGUGUACGCGUACGGCGUGUUGCUGUUUGAGCUGUUCACGGGGGAACGUGCAUGGGAGGGCAUGCCGCGAGCGCUGCUUCCCGCCAGGGUCGCGCUGGAGGGCUGGCGCCCCGUCUUCCCGCCGCACACCCCGGCCGCGUACCGGCAGCUUGCGGAGAGGUGCUGGCUGGCAGACCCCGCGAAGAGACCCACCUUUGAGGAGGUCGUGGCGGUGCUCAAGGACUUGCGGGAUGCCGCGGCUUCUGAGAUGGUUCCGGAGUGGUUGCCCGUACCCAACCCCCAGAUGGCCUUCCUGCAGCAGCUCGCCAUGCAACGCAGGCUCCCGGGGGCCCUCCUGUCACCGGCGACACAACAGCAGCAGCACCUGCAGGCGGCGGUGGCGGCGGCAGUGCCAUCGCCCCAGCAACGGGUCCGCAGCGCCGGCCUCAGGGCGCCACAUCCCCUGGGGCGGCCCGGAGGUCUCAAGAUGGUGUCGGCCCGCCUGCUGAACACGGGGCUGAACACGGGCUGGGCAUGGACAAAGGGUUAUAAGCAGGUGGAUUUACCGCGUAUGUAUGUAUGUAUGUAUGUAUGUACGUAUGUAUGUAUGUACGCCCAGCCUCUGGCUAGGCAACUCUGCCUCACGGUAGACUGCAAUUCAUACAGGGCGCCGCGCGAGAAACGCCACACUUCACAAUUCCCUAACCAUGCUACCUUUCGCCAGUUCACCUAUGUAGAGGUUGCCAAAAAAUGGUUAAGUAUUACUAGGUCAUUCUACUGA